UUCCCAAAUCAAACUCAGAAACCCUAAUUUCCCAAAUUGAAAACCCUAAGUUCCUAAUCAGAAAUCCUAACCUACCCACUUUCUUCUCCCUUCAGCCGCACCAUACCCCCCUUUUCUUCCUAAACCUAACGUAGAAACGGAAACAGAGAGCAAAGAGAGAGGGAAGAGCUGCUGCCAUGCCGCCAUGACCGCCGGACUGCCGCCGCAAGGAGCCCGUGCCACCAUCGUCGUCAUCCUCGUGAACUGCAGCGUCGCCGUUCAACCUCGUCCCGCCGCGUCUCCAUGGUCGCCGUUGCUGCGAGCUCGCCACCGUCGAGAAGCUGCCGUCGCGUCUUGUCCCGCUGUCACCACCGUUGCCCUGGAGCUCGCCCGCCGUCGUCGUUGAGGGGCCAGCAAAGAGAGAGAAUGAGCGCGGGUCAGGGUCGCCACCAAGGAGAGGAGCUAUGCUCCACGCCGCCGUCGCCACCAGUCCACAACCACCACUACGAGGGUUCCGUCGCCGUCAUUCCAGUGUCGCCGUUCGUACCCUUCGUAGCCGUCGCCGUCGCCGAGCAGUUGCAUCGCCGGACAUCAUCGCUGGAGGACCGAAUGGAGAAGCUAGCCAGUUCUGCUUCUGCCUCUGGUUUCUGGAAUCUGAGAAGACGCAAUCGCCGCUGCUGGAACUGUUAUUGUUGACGUGGCCCUGUUCUGGCUCUACUCUGAAUUGUUACUGCUGCUGUUUGGCUGAUGCUGAAGCUUUCCACCACCACUGGAGCUGCCCGGAAACCCUGUUGUUGCUGCUCCGAUAAUUUAUUGUAAGCUAUCUGUAGUUCCAAUUUUAUUGAACUCAUUUCCAUUUCCGACUCCAUUGAAUUUGAACUCUAUUUUGUUGCCACCGUGGUUACUACUGCGAGAGUGAAGAAUGAAUCGGAAAUAAUGCUGCUGCCGUUGAUCGGAGAUGCCAAACUGUUGCUGCUACUAGUUUGAGAUGAUAUGGCUGCUAUUAAGGUUGUUGUUCAUGAGUGCAGCAUUCCCAAUUUCUAUGGAUUUCGACACUUUGAGGUAUUUUCUGGCUGAAAUUGAGGGAC